GUCGACUCCAGAAGCAGCAGGUACUACCGGGGAGGGUGAGGGGGGCCCUCCGGCUGCGGCCCCAAACCUCACCAGCAACAGGCGACUGCAGCAGACGCAGGCACAGGUGGACGAGGUGGUAGACAUCAUGCGCGUGAACGUGGACAAAGUCCUGGAGAGAGACCAGAAGCUCUCGGAGCUGGACGACCGGGCCGACGCCCUGCAGGCCGGAGCCUCGCAGUUUGAGAGCAGCGCCGCCAAACUCAAGAACAAGUACUGGUGGAAAAACUGUAAGAUGAUGAUCAUCAUGGCAGUUAUAGGUGUUAUAUUUGUUGGAGUCAUCUUCUUGUACUUCUUCUACUGAGCUGGUCUUCAGGGAUGGACGCACAAGUCGCAGGACGAGUCUGCACCAACGCCACCGAGCCAAAUCCAGCCUCUCCUCAGCUCUCCUCCUGCUCUUCAUCCUCCUCUUCCUCACUGAUGCCUUCCUCAGAAACGUCCAUGCAUGGUCUGUAAUGUGCUCCAGUGCCUCCUUUUUUUUUCUCUCUCUGCUCCUCAUGGAAAACAUCUCUAUGGGCAGGAAUCCUGAGUUGACCUUGAGGGGAGCAAAUCAUCAUAAACAAGAAUUAUUCUUACUGGUACUUCCUGUGUAAAGAAAUAUAUUGUAGCCAGGGUGUAAACACAAAAAUAUCUUUCAAGACAGUAUUUGCUACAAGUCUAUAAACCACUGACCCAGGUUUGUUCAUCGAGAACAAGUAUCAUGACAGGAUAAUGUUAGUUUAUUUACUCUUAUAUGUGCGUGAGGGAGGAAAAAGACAACAUCCCCUCUCCUGAGGAAAUAAAUUGUGAUCUGUGGCCUUUUAUGGCUUUCACUGGCCACCAGUACCUCUGCUGGUCUCCAUCUCCUCCUGCCUCCUCAAGGUGCGACCAGUUUUUGACACACAAAGCAGUAUUAAGCAGAAGAAAUCAGACCUCUAACAGAAAGAUCUGAAGGAGACUCGUAAUGUGAUGCAAGCCAAUCAUUUUAUUUAGGACGUGUUCAGAUGCUUUUAUUUAUGUGAAGUACCGAUGCACUAAUGUAAACGUACUCCUUUACAAGUUAAAGUAAUGCAUGCAUUCAAAAUCCUACUUGAGCAAAAGUAUGCAAGUAUUUUCAGUGAAAUGUACUUCAAGUAUCAAAUUAAAGGUACUCGUUCAACUGUGAUAUAUUAUAGUACAGGAUGUUAUUAGAGUGUCAGUGCUGAAGCCUCAUUGUGUUAGCAGCAUCUGACUGUUGUAGCUGCUCAUGGUGGAGCUAGUUUUAACCGCUUUAUAAUAUACAGCGGUUACUUGUCCAGUGUUUCCAACCUAAAGGUCUGGGCCCCACAAUGGAUCCCAAGAUAAAUCUGAGGCGUCAUGAGAUGAUUAAUGGGAGAGCAAAGAAGAAAAAAAAAAAAUCCACUAUAGAAAUCUGUUUAGAAAUCUAAUUUCUCUUGACUGUUUCUCUAGACUUUGUUUUUGUGAUUUGCUAUUUUGAACAGUUAAUAAAAUUAAACAAUGUGAAAGGUCUGGAGGGGAAACUGUGGAACUAAAACCAAACAUAACAAGGAACCUCAGCUAGAUCAGGCCAAAAGGUUUCAUCUUUAACAAUGUAUUUAAGGAGCUUAUCACUAUUUUUUUGUUGUAAAAUCUUAAUUAGUAAAGUAACUAGUAACUAUAGCUGUCAGAUAAAUGUAGAAGAGUAACAAGGACAAUAUUUCCCUCUGAACUGUGGUGGAGUUGUAUAAAGUAGAUUAAAAUGGGAAUACUCAAGGCAGGUGCAAGGAACUCAAAUUUACUUUACUACAGUACAUGAGUAAAUGUACAUAGUUACAGUCCAACAAUGUUUACUUAUUCAUUCAUUCUUCCGCUUUGAAUCAAGGUUUUAUAGACCAGACAUCUCAGCAGCUGGUGAAGUAACUGUUGAGUAAAAAGUAUAAAUCAACUGCUCUGUCAUUUUUCACUUUUCUUAACAACAGUAACUGUAAUUUUCUUUAACUCACAGCAGCAUGAGCAGAACGAGUCAGGUCAGGAGAUUUUUCACAUUAGAAAAUAAAGAUCGUAAGACGUAGAGAUACAAGAAAUAAAUGAUAUAUUGUGUGUUGAGAUUCAGCAGCAAUUUAGGACUUGGCUCAUAUCAAUAAAAUAAUACGGAAAUAAUCCAAUUAAUGGGAGAUAAUUGAUUGGCACAGGGAACAUGUAGCUGCUCCUGUUCAUAAGUGUUGAUGAGGAACUGAACCAACCUGGGUUAUUGGAUCCCUGCGGUGUUUCCCCCUCUCCUCUUGUCCAGGUGUAUUGUACUUGUACAGUAUUCUUCAGGUGCCCCCUUGCUGCCAGUAUUGGUACUGCUACUGAUGUAUUUCCACCUUAAGCAGAAAUGUCUCUUCCUGGAGAAAUAUGACGGGAACAGUUUAGAUUUUUUGUUCUCUGUCUCUCCAGCAUCAGCUUGAGUAAUUGUGAUGCAGCAACAGUCCUGUUUUUAUUUUUUAUUGUCUUGUGAUCCAACCUGUGUUUUGUGUACUACAGCUGUGGUUUGAAUGUUUCUUUGUUCUGAACGUGCUUGAAUGUGAUUUAUCUGUAAUAAAAAUUUGAGUUUGAGUGGG